GUCGAACGCUUCGCAGACGCGGUCAAUCGUGCUCUUCGGCGCUUCAACACAGGCACUUUGGUCGAGAGCUUUGAGAGUGUGUUUUGAGAACUUGACAGCAUGUCCUGUCGUGCUUGGGUGACUUUCUUCACUCGGCGUGCAUUUCUGUGAAUUGAGCGGCAUAAGAAAUUACACACAGUGAAGGCAGAAGCGUGAAUUUCUGUUGGUGGUGAAGAUGGUGCAGAGUGGAGGAAAAUGUGCUGUGAGUGUUCUUGGUUCUAUCAUAAAAGUGUAAAGAAACCACCAUCGUCAUCCUCAACAUCAGCAAAAUGAAUUAUAGUGGCUGGUUGUGGACAUGUGCUCUUCUUCUCCCAAAACUAUUAAUUCUCGCAUCACCAGCAUCCAUCGUAAAAACUAUAGAAGGAGAAAAUGUGCCCAUCUCGCUGGCGGAGUCAGUACAGGGAUCAAUGGCGCGCCUGCCAUGCAACAUAACGCCCCCGCUUCCGGACGACAAAAUCACACUUGUCAUUUGGUACAAGGACGGCUACGUGACGCCAAUUUAUAGCUUCGACGCCCGCGGAUCGCACUUGGACGGCGGCUCGCACUGGUCGGACGACACUUCCAUUGCCGGCCGCGGCUUCUUUCAAGCCAAAACCAAGCCUGCCAUUUUAGCCUUAGAAUCCACGCGGAGCUCCGACUCUGGCAUCUACAGGUGUCGCGUUGACUUCCAGAAGAGCCCCACGAGGAACUCCAAAGUCAAUCUCACAGUCAUAAUUCCACCGGAAAAUGUGUUAAUUUUGGAUGAGAAGGGCCAUCACAUUCCCCACUACAUCCUCGGGCCGUACAACGAGGGCGCUUCUGUGGAUCUUACCUGUGUUUCCACCGGAGGUCGUCCACUGCCGCGUCUUGUGUGGCUCCAGGAGAACUCCUUGUUGGACGACUCGUUCUCAGCGACGGAGAAGCGAGUGAAGAAUGUGGUGCAUCUGGAAAAAUUGCAGCGCCAUCAUUUGCACACAGUUCUCACUUGUCAAGCGUCCAACAACAACGUCACAACGCCAAUUUCCAGCGCCAUCACGCUGGAUAUGAACUUGCGGCCGCUGUGGGUGAAGCUCCAAGGUGAGAACCGGCCAUUAUCUGCAGGCCAUUCGUACGAGCUGUGGUGCGAGGUGGUCGGGUCCAGGCCGGCCCCCACUGUGACGUGGUGGAAGGGAAGUACCCCGAUGAGAGACACCCGGGAAACGACCAGUCCUGACGGAAAUACCACGAUUUCCGUGUUAACCUUUGUCCCAACAAUUGAUGAUGGUGGUAAAUUUCUCUCGUGUCGCGGCGAACAACCCCAAAUACCCGAUUCAGGACUCGAGGAUGGCUGGAAAUUGGAUAUUCAUCAUGUUCCCGUUGUUAGCCUGGAGCUUGGAAGUAAUUGGAACAUAACAACAAUACGCGAGGGUGCUGACGUGUAUUUCGAAUGCAACAUUAAAUCCAACCCCUGGGUGUAUAAAGUCAACUGGCGACACAAUGGCAAAUACCUGUACAAUAAUGCGGCCAGCGGCAUAAUUGUAGCUAAUCAGAGCUUGGUGCUGCAGAAUGUGAGCAGAGCUAGGAGCGGCACCUACACCUGCAUUGGCAGCAACGAGGAGGGCGACGGUGAGAGCAACGUCGUCAGUCUUGAUAUUAAAUUCGCUCCGGUUUGUCGUCCUGGCCAGAAUCAAGUGUACGGCGUUGGGCGCCACGAAUUGGCGAAAAUAUCAUGCGAAUUGGAGGCAAAUCCCAACGACUUGAACUUCACGUGGAAGUUUAAUAACUCCGCAGCUGAAUAUGUAGAUCAGCCCGUCUCACUCAUUCUCGUGGAUCGUGCCAAGAGCAUUAUGCAUUACACACCAAUGACGGAACAGGAUUAUGGGACACUUUUGUGCUGGGGCAGCAAUGAAUUAGGUUUUCAAUUGGAACCAUGUAUUUUUACGAUAAAUCCUGCAGGAAAGCCAGAUCCACUGUCCAAUUGCACGGUGCUCAAUCAAACGGUGGACACCCUCCAGCUGGAGUGCAUCGAGGGCUACAACGGCGGCCUUCCGCAGGAGUUCAUCGUGAAGGUCUACACGACGCGCUCCAACCAAUUGAUCGCCUCGCAGACCUCAAAGAGUCCAUUCUUCGAAUUGAAAGGCUUAGACCCGGAAGUUGGCUAUGAAGUCUACCUGGCGGCCAUGAACAAGAAGGGAACGAGUGAAAUGCGAGUUCAUCACAUUCACCGGCUCAACAACAACGCGGAGAAGCACACAGACUCCUUUCUGCCGUACACCGGCUCUGUGCUCCACAUAAAAUUAUUCCUGGGCGCCGUGGCCGGGCUCGUGUUUGGCAUUAUCUUAAUUACAACUGCAACACUGCUGCUAAUGAGGACACGGAGGCGGAAGAAGGCGAGCAACGUGUCCCAGGAGACAAUGUCGACAACAACAAAUGGCAGAAUUGUAUCCGGUCAGUCAAUUCCAGCGGCAGAGCAGCUCCAGCUCGGUGAUUCAUACACCACGGGAAGCACUGACAGUUUAGAUAAAAACCCAGAUAUUAUACCUCAAGGCAAAGAGGACUCAGAGUUCGAUGAUGAACGGGCUUUCCAUCGAUUCGCCCAACCGCUGCCUCGCCAGUACGCCACGCUGGCGAUGGGCAAGAACGUCCUGCCGGUGCAAUUUGCCGCUGGACAGAUUGACGUCGGCGGCGGUGGCAUCCUGCAGCAUCCGGUGGUGCACUACAGCCACGACAAUCAGACGCUCACGUACGCCGCGGAGCUGCAGACGCCCGGCGGCCAGGCGAAGCAGAAGAUCAUCUACACCAGCGCCACACUCGGUCGCCCGCGCCAGAAGGACAUGCGACUGGCGGAGCCGAACAUUUACACGCAAAUAGAUUUAGCACACAAUCUGCUAUCGCCUAAUGGAAAAACGGUGAAUGUCGCGUAUCGCGAAUCGCCAUCAUCAUCGGCCACCACGUGGAUUCCAGUGAAUCAGGCGCACCCGCUGCGCUCCUGUCAAUUGCAGCAGCAGCUCGACAUAAGAGUUCCACCGCCGAUUGUCUGCACCAGAGAAUCGGCUCCUGUGCACCAAAUUCUCGUACCUGACCACAGAAAUUCACCCAUGUCGCCGCAAAUCCUCACCGACUCGAGUGGCAUCAAUGUAUCGAGAUUUUGACAUCAGACCCCGAGGCAGGGCUGAGGUGAGCCUCUCACGAAGAUAACGUCCAACAGCGAAGUGACACUGCCCAAGGAGGCGUCCUACAAGACGCUCCGCAUCCGCACUGAAGACGCCGCAACUUAAUUAGCCACCAGACUUGGCAGGCAUGAAAUCAAUUUUGAACCCUUUAUGACUUGGGAAUCGGCUGGCGAAUCUAAUACGUAAAGGCGCACGAACAUCAAGCAAAUGUAAUUUGUUAAAUACGGAGAGAUUUAGAGACAAUUUGAUGAAGAAGGAGGGUUUUUUUUGUACAGAGACUGCUCAAUAGUUAAAUGAACUAAUCUUUGGAAUAUUUAAGAUGUGUUUGUGUGGUAAACGCAUAAACGCGAAACGAAGUGAAGCUAAUAAAUCUAAAACGAGAUGAAAAACUCUCUUAAACUAUAGGAAAAUGUGACAUUCGAUAAAGUGAGUGUAUAAUUGAAUUUCAUUUCCAUAAAGACCUCUUCAUUUUGGGUUUUUGUAAAGGACACAAAACA